AUGCCGGGGAAAUCGAUACCUCCUCCCAACGAAUCAGUCACAUACAGCUCGGGUGCUCAUGAUGGACUUCCUGACGUGAGAUUGUUGCAUUAUAAUGAUGUGUAUCAUGUCGACUCGUCCUCGGCCGAACCUGUUGGCGGAGCGGCACGCUUCAUGACCUUGGUGAAGCAUUACCGUGAUGACGCGAAAUGGGAGGGGCAACCGAACCUCGUCACGCUGUUCUCUGGCGAUGCCUACAAUCCCAGCUUGGAAAGCUCAAUCACAAAAGGCUCUCAUAUGGUCCCCUUGCUCAACAACAUUGGCACUGAUGCAGCUGCACUAGGGAACCAUGACCUGGACUUUGGCGUGCGUCAAUUCAAGCACCUGGCGUCCAAGUGCAAGUUUCCCUGGUUGAUUGCUAAUGUGCUGGAUCCGGCCCUGGGCGAGUCCGUCCCCAUCGGCAAUGCCAAAAAGACACACAUGAUCACAUCUUCCAAUGGCAUCAAGAUUGGCCUGAUUGGGUUGGGCGAGCGCGAGUGGCUGGCAACCAUUAACAGCCUUCCGCCCGACCUGAUUUACAAGUCUGCUAGCGAGACAGCAAAGGAGCUUGUACCAAAGUUGCGUGAAGAAGGUGCCGAUAUCGUCAUUGCCAUUACCCACAUGCGCGAGCCAAAUGACAAUAAACUUGCCGAGCAGACUGAUGGAAUCAUUGACAUCAUUCUCGGUGGUCAUGAUCACUACUAUAAUCACAGUCUCAUCAAGGGAACACAUGUCCUACGUUCUGGUACCGACUUCAAGCAAUUGUCUUAUAUUGAGGCCAGACGUGCCAAGGAUGAUCCCAAGAAAUGGGAUUUCGACAUUAUCCGUCGCGACGUCACGUCGGAAAUUCCACAGCAUCAGGAUACUGUCAAACUUGUGGAUGAAUUGACUGCUAGUCUUAAGGCAAAGCUUCAAAAGCCCAUUGGGUUUACGGCUGCGCCGUUGGAUGCCCGUUUCAAGACAGUACGUCUCAAAGAAAGCAACAUUGCAAAUUGGGUUUGCGAUAUCAUGCGCCAUCACUAUUCAGGCGACUGCUGUAUCAUGGCUGCUGGUACAAUUCGGGGCGAUCAAAUCUACCCGCCAGGUCCCGUUCUGCUCAAGGACAUUAUGAAUUGCUUUCCCUUUGAGGACCCUGUAGUGGUGAUCAAAGUCAGUGGCCAGGCAAUAUGGGACGCUCUGGAGAAUGGAGUAUCGCAGUACCCGGCUCUCGAAGGAAGAUUCCCUCAAGUCUCAAACAUCAAGUACACGUUCGAUGGCUCCAAGCCAACGGGAUCUAGGAUACUCGAGGCUACCAUUGGGGGUGACGCCAUUGACAUGCAAAAGAAAUAUGUCUUGGUCACACGUGGCUACAUGGCCCGAGGAAAGGAUGGGUUCGAGUCGCUGCUGAUAGAAGCCGAGGGCGGCCAGGCCGAGGAGAUCGUGUCGGAAGAAAAUGGAAUUCUCAUCUCCAUGAUGCUGCGACAAUACUUUAUUUCUCUCCGCGUCAUGGGACAGUGGAAGAAUUGGGGCAAUGCCAUUAGCAAGCACUGGUCAGAGGUGUCUACCAAGGUUGGUACCUCUCAUCCUUGCUACAAGCCCACGUCUGCAGCAACUCCCAGCACGCCUUCUGCGCCCAAGGGCCACGACUGGGAGAGCUGGAGCCCCAAGAACAUCAGGUCUCGCCGAGCUAGUGUGAUUCCCCGAGAAGAAGAUAGCGACAGCGAUGACGAUGGGGACGUGGCGGCAGAGAAGGACGUCGAGAAGGUGGACAAGGAGCUACAGACUAUGCGAAGAGUGUUCGGCAAGUGGGCACGACUGGCUGGUGUCGAGUGCAAGGCGGGAGACGAGCUGAACGAGGCAGAAUUUGAGGUUGAUUGGACGCAAGCAAUUGCCCCAAGACUAGAAGGCCGCAUCACUCAGGUUGGUGUCUAA